UGUACUGUGCAUGAAAGAUUUUAAUCGACACUGGGCACUGGAAUUUUUUGAACCUUGGAUAUUCUAUUCAUAUUUUGAAGUAAACCCUCGUCCCAUAGACUCUCCAGGAGAGAGGAAAGAAAGUGGACAAUUCAUUUUAAAUACGACAAAGAAAAUGGUAAAAAGCGCCAAGGCGCAAUUAUUAAAGAUUUUAUUUUCUUGCAGUUCAUUCUAUAUUUGGUUCUCCCAGUCUCACUCAAGUUUUCUGCUUUGGAAAAUUGGAAAUAAACAUAACAAGAAACCUACAAUAUUCGUUUUUCUAUAAUGGUAACACCAUUAUUUUUGUCCUUGUUCUUGUUGCCAAAAACGCUCACUAAAAUUUUGGAAAAAUCCUCCAUUGAAUACUCACAAUCAGCCCCAGUUUAUUUUUGAAAAUUGUUUCAUUAAUAAGCUGAAGUUCUGUUGCGUUGCUAUAUUGCUUUUCAACUUUGCUUUAAGUACAUUGUAGAUUAUUGUUUUCAUCGUAAGAAGCAGCAAUGGAAGAUAAUUCCUCGAGCGAUGACGAAAUUCCUUCCUCAUCUACUGGACCCAAGUCUGGAGGAAAAAAAAUAAAACUUAACGAUGGAAGUUCGCAAGAUAGUGUCAAGGAAACUGUUGUGUCGGAGAGUAAAGAUGAGAAUGUGGACAGUGGAGUGUCGGCGGAUAAGUCCGAGAGCACUAGUAGCGACGACCGUGCUGAGCGUGCUGAGGGUGCUCCAGCACCGGUGCAGGGCCCAUCGAACGAGGAGGUGAUCGUAGCGCCUUCCAGCAGUAAUGUCCGUGCGAUCCUAUUGAAUAUUAAACGCCCUAAGUGGAGUAGAAACUACAGGAAACGCAAGACGCCUGGCAGAGAUUCAGACAGUGACUCUUCAAGGGAUUCUGAUGAUUUAUCUGUAGAUGAGACUACCCCUUCAGGAGCUAAUGAUACUUCUAAUACCAACACAAACUCUGAAACAGAGAGUGAACAUGAUAUUAGGAGGUUGGCUGACUUCCUGACUCCUGAGUCUGAUAUGAGUUGUCACAGUAAUAGUGCUUCAUCAAGUUCUUCAGAUACUCCUGGGAGCUUUGCUUCGGACAAUAUUUUGGGGAUUCCAUCCGGAGACUCUGACACUGAUGAUGAGGCUCCUGCAAAUCGGACUUUGGAAAAUGAGGCCACCGAAGACGCUGACGCCGCAAUACCUCCUGUGUUACUCAAAGCCAGACCUAAACACAGCUAUUUGCUACUCAGAGAAAUAAUGAACCGAGAGAUGGGGCUGACAUUUCCCUGCGGCAAGACCGCGCAAGACCACGCCGUGUUCGAGAGCAGGUUCUACGGAUCCCUACACGCGGUAUACAGACUGAAGAAGUUACACAACCUCAACAAACACAGGGGCUGUGUGAAUUGCAUUAAUUUUCAUCCUGAAGGUCAACUCCUAGCUUCAGGGUCAGAUGAUACGAACGUAGUGUUAUGGGAUUGGGCUCGUAACAAAGCCUUGUCUACAAUCAAAACAGGCCACAAAUCCAAUGUGUUUCAAAGCAAGUUCCUAUAUCUUAAUGGCAAGAGUCAAGUGAAUAUUGUCACAUGUGCUAGGGAUGGACAGGUUCGUCUCCUCCAAUCCCACCCGAGCGGCGGUGCCAACGCAGCUCGUCGCAAGUUGUGCUCGCACUCCCGCGCGGCUCAUAAAUUGCACGUGUCUGCGUACGAGCCGCAUAUUGUUUUAUCUGCGGGAGAGGACGGUCUUGUAAUGCAGAGCGAUGUCAGGGCUGAACAUCCUUCCAGACUAUUACAACUGAAGGAUCGUUCGGUGGUGAUCCCGCUGUACAGUGUAUGCGGGCACCCAAUAGAGACCCAGUACUUUAUAGUGGCCGGCAGGGACAAAUAUGUGAGACUCUACGACCGACGAAAGUGCACUAAACCAAUCGGCUACUUCUGCCCAGCCUCAUUCAGCGAGAACUCACGUACGCCGGAAAACCAGCAGACGGAUAACCUGGUGGGCACGGUGAGAAGAAAAGUUCGGUUGUCUAUGAUGCACCUCACCUGCGCAGUUUAUAACCACAACGGAACUGAAAUUGUCGGCUCCUAUAACGAUGAGGAUAUUUACCUGUUUGAUGUUAAAAAGGAUGUAAUGGUUGAUAAAACCAACACAAGUGAACGAGAGACUGUAGGCUACACACAUCGGUUCAGUGGACAUCGCAACAGUGCGACGUUCAAAGGCGUGGCGUUCUAUGGACCGAGGAGCGAAUACGUGGUCUCUGGGUCUGAUUGCUCCUAUAUUUAUAUCUGGGACAAGAAGACGGAGUCUAUUGUGCAGUGGUUAGUCGGAGAUCUGAACGGAGUCGUCAAUUGCAUAGAAUCCCACCCGAAAUGUCCAGUGCUGGCGACUAGCGGGCUCGACAAAGAUGUUAAGAUUUGGAUGCCUAAGAGUCAAUACGAUCCGACAUAUGAUGGCAUAGAAAAAGUGGUACGUGAUAACAGCACGACUCAGCAAAGAAGUCCGCUGUUCAGUGAUUUUUUACCUACACUAUAUAGUGCGUGGAGAGGAGAGAACAGACUGUUUUCUGACGACGACAGUCUACCGUCGGGGGGGAACAUCGAAUUCGAUGGCAACGUAUGCACCACCUUCUAAAGACUCAGCGACGACCGUUACGAAUAGAUUUAAACGCAGCGAAGUUAUCUGAUAUAUUGUUGUUAUUGUUUUGUUAAAUUUCAUUGGUUGGUUAGUAACGUAAGUUUACGAUAUCAAGGUGGAGGUAGCGAACUAAAUGUGUGUAUCAGAACAUGUUCUACUACUGAAUAGUACUUAGGAAGCCAAGUGUCUAGUUGAGAUAAGAUUGUGUUGUAAAUUAGAGCCAAUUUUUCAAUGCUCAGAUAAUUGUUAACUGUAGGAUUACUUUCAAGUUUUGAUAAUUCUUCCGUACUAAAAACUGUCAACUGUCAAUUUUAUUCUAUAGUUAAGAAUUAACUGAUGACUGAAAAAUUUGCCCUUAUUCAGUUUUGCAUUAUAUAAUUCAAAGUUUUAAAACUUAUUUGGUUUUUGUACUUUUAUUGUGGAGUUAGUCGUUCUUGCUGUAUGGACAAGUUGUAAUGCUGCUAUUUGGAUCGAAAUUCAUUAUUGAUUCGAUUCUCAGAUGUUCAUCGGCUGUCACGCUAAAUAAACCGGUACUAACCGUUUGCUAUGUCAAAAAUUUUUGUGAAUAAACUAUCCAACAUAAUAUCGAACUAAAGAAAUUCACUCGUUAAGUUAAGGGCCGAUGUUUUCAGUGCCAGAUAAAUUAUAUCGAACGAAUAACUUUGAAUAUUUGACAAUUCUAAAUACUGUCUAAUGUCAAUUUUAUUCUAAAGUUAAGAAUUAUAUGUUGAUUGAAAAAUCCAACAGUUGUCCAAGCAUUCAAGAAAUUAAUAUGUCAAUAAUUUCUUGAUAUUUAGAUGAUUUAAUAUGUAACGUUUGAUAGAUGGUCUCAGGUAGCAUUGUUUAUUUUGUAAAUAUUAACACGCUUUUAGGAAAUAGAACGCGUGACACCUGUUACUAUCACUUGCAGGUUAUAUUGCGCCAUCGAGUGUUAAUAUUAAUUGUAUACGAGUCUUAAACAACACGCGAUGGCACCGCGUGGAGUACGAAGUCUGUUUUUACCUUUAUUUUUUUACUUUUAAAAAUUAUACACGCUGCAUUUAAAUCUAGACUUAACAAAUUGAUAUAACUAGGAAUUAGUUUCUCAUCUAACAUUAUUCAUUCACUUUAAUUUGUAAUUGUAAUGCCAAACAUACACAUGUAAACAUUAGUUGUUUUAUAGUUACAAGACGCUUGUGGUUUUUGAAAUAUAAACGGUAAUGAUAAAGUGCUAUUUAUAAAUAUUAUCUGUAUUAUUUCAAAUAUCAUUGACCUAGUAACAGUUAGUAUACAAACAAAAUGGCUACCGGAUUAGCGGUAUCCGGAAUUCGUAUUUACGAUAUGACCUAACUAAACACGUGGUGAAUAACGUCUUAAUUAGAUUAUUAGACAAAUAUUAUUAUAAAUUUGUUUACAAACAUUAAACAUUGUUAUACAGCUGAUUUUAAAGCAUUAAAUUACGGAAUUUGUUUAAAUUUCGCUCUAAAAAAAGUUGCCAGUAGCAAUAAUGUUUGCGUACUGGCAAUGAUAUCCUCUAUGAAUGAUUGCAUAAAGGUCAUGUGUAAUCUCCGCACGUAUUACGGGACGCACCGCUGACGCAACUUUGACUGGCGUCUUAGUCAUGAUUUGUAUUUAUAAUAUCUAUUUACAAAUGACCUGUACUAUGUCUAGGUACUGGAUUUAGGCUAGCUUGUUUACCGUUAUGGAUUCAGACAUGCAUUUACAUUGGUAUAUUCAGUAUAUUCAAGCUAAGUGAUAAAUGGAAAAUAAAUAAAACCUCGUUCAUUUUGUAUCUAUCCUUAGUCUAUGUAAAAGCUUUGAAACAACAAUUUGGUUAAUGUAAUUAAAAAAUAAAUACCACGCAUUUUGCUUAGAUAAAAAUUAUGCAUAGAUUUUGUAUUAUUAUUUUAAGAAACUGAAAUUCUGAAUAGUAAACAAUAACACAUUUUCUACUUUUGUACUAAAAAUGUGUAGAACGACAGUACAGUGAUCUUAAUUUAAAUAAAAUAAAACUAUAACACAGCAAUACAAGGAAAAAUGUAAAGUGUCCUCAGCAUAGUACCUACUGAGCAAAAACUAAAGAGUUUCGAAAUACCUAAUAGCGAAUCAGCAAAAAUUUAUAAAAUUUUGAUGAUUAUAUUAUUACAUAGGUAAAAAAGCCUUUUAACUUUAAUUUUUUGAAUACAAUUUUUUCUACGAAUAAAAAAAACCACAAGUGUCGUAGUUUGAUAGCUUUGAAAUUUGUAAACGGUAAAAUAAUUUUUAUAUUAUAUUAUUAUGUAUAUGCCUGUGAUAUACUGAUUUGAUUUAUAAAUUAGAGGAUAUGUUGUUUGUAAUUAGUUUUGAAAGGAUGUGCUAGUUGACAUAAUGGAGAGUUCAUUGAAAUAUUCAAAAUAAGAAUGAUACAAAAAAUGUAACAAUCAAAACUAAUUUUGUAUUCCUUUAAAGUUUGAAGUAGAUAAUGAUAUGUCGUGGUAUUUUUUAACUGGAAAGGAAUAGUCUAGAUUGCUCAGUUUGUAAAUCCAGCAUGGCUAGAAGUAUCUAUGCUAGGAUAUCUGAUUUAAAUACCUAUAUUUUUUUCUUCGUAAUUUCUAGGAAUCUGUAGACAGUUGCACUUGCAACACAAAUCUCGCUUAUUUAACCGUGUACUCGAAUUAUUGUAUCUUUCAUCUUUUUAGAAUAAAAUAAAUACAUAGAAUUCAUAGUUUCUAGCAGUUUACUAUUUUGUCUUUAUACCUAAGUCUUACAAUAAUAAUAGCAUUUGCAAAAAGUUAAAUGAAUGGUAAAGAAAAUGAAUGGUAAACUUUAAAUACCAUGCGCUUAAGUUUAUCUUUUGUCGAAAUGUAUUGUUCAUUACGACAAUAGUUUUUAAAGUUUUGUUAUUUAUCUUUAUGUACACGUCUACCAUAUCAUAUACAAGUUUAUCAUGACUAUAAAAAUAAGAUGCUAAAAAAUUGUAUCGAAUCAAUUCGAAAGAGUAAAACUGAAACCUUUUUAAAGUUUAGUUUAUUAUAAAUACCUAAAACAUUCAAAACUACAUACUUGCGUAGUUUUGAAACAUUUUUUCCUGCUAAUCGGUUUUUUUAAAGUAAAAAUAACAAUGUUUUAAUAAACAUUAUAUUAGGUGUCAAUGUCAACUAUUAUUAUAUUGUAUUUUAGACGUGACCAGUUAAAUAAAGCGUUGAUUUUAACGAAAAUCAACUUACUUUUGUUAGCAGUAAGGUAUAAUUAUUGUUGCUUGUCUACGAAUUGCUGAAGAUAAAUAUUGUAAAUACCUACAAACAUGGAACCACUGUUGCGUCUAAAAUAUUAUACUUAUUAAACUUUUUCUUUACUUUGUUUGCCACCGCUCAUCUAGGUCAUAUGAUUCUAUUAUUUUAGUUGAGUGUAUUUUAUUUAUCGUUAGUGCUAUCGUCUCCCAAUGUGUGGAGUAAAAUGUAAGGUUUAGUCCCAAUGUGUAAAUAAAUGAUGAUUUUAAAUAAUGUUUUUGAUUAUUUUUCUUAUUAAUUGACAUGAGAUUAGUUCACAUCUAAAUUAAUUAACCGUACGAUGAUAACAUUUUAUUUUCGUUAAUGAAUGUCAAAAAAGCCUUAAUGUGUACCUAAUCAAUUUAAUCACUGUUCCAAUAUGGCGGCUAUUAUACAGUGUCUCUACGGC